AUCAUCAAUCCCACCCUUUGUUCAUUCCCUCCCUCGAUGUUCGUGUCUUUCCCUUCAAAAGAAAAAAAGUCUUCUCCCCAGAAAAACAAAAAGGUGUUUUUCCAAACCACUUCCUUUUCCUUCCUCAAGGCCCUGUCUUCACUCUCGUCACUUAUUCUUAGUUCUUGAUUCUUCAAUAAUCUUCACCGUCACUCUUCAAAUUUCAUCUCUUCCUUCUUCUCUUCCAUCUCACUGAUACGGGAAUCAAUUAAAUGUAGUCAGAAAUCAAGGUUAAAAAAGAAAAAAAAAUUCUAGUUAACAAAACAUGGCUUUUCGCGACCACCAACCACACGAAAUUACUUUUCAGUCCUUCACGGACGAGCAACAUUUAAAUCACAACAGAGACAUGCAGAGGAUGCUAACUCUCUCCGGCGCCGGCGAUGGAGGACCGGCUCCGACGUGGCUGAACAACGUCCGGCAGCAGAAUUUCCUGCACCUUCAGCCGGACGCGUCGUCGGCACGAAACGACGACGUUCGAGACAUGAUGGCGGCGGAAGCUACGUCAGCGGAGAAGAGCAUGGAUCAUCGGAAGAACCACCUCCAGCAGCAGCGGACGAUGACGGAAAGUAACAACUGCGACUCAGAGGAUGCGGUGGAGUACAAGGCGGACAUCCUAGGACACCCGCUAUACGAGCAGCUGCUGUCGGCGCACGUGUCGUGUUUGAGGAUCGCGACGCCCGUUGACCAGCUACCGAGAAUCGACGCUCAGUUGCAGCAGUCGCAGCGCGUGGUGGAGAAGUACUCUGCGCAUGGGAAUAAUGGUGCUCUCAAUGAGAAGGAGCUUGAUAACUUCAUGACACAUUACGUUCUAUUGCUUUGCGCUUUUAAAGAACAAUUGCAACAACAUGUCCGUGUCCAUGCCAUGGAAGCAGUGAUGGCUUGUUGGGAGCUCGAGCAGUCUCUACAAAGCUUGACGGGUGUAUCUCCCGGAGAAGGGACAGGUACGACGAUGUCGGACGACGAAGACGAUCAGGCGGCAGAGAGCAAUGGCAACUUGUACGAAGGAUGUUUAGAUGGCGCUGAUAGUCUCAGCUUUGGCCCUCUUGUUCCAACUGAAACUGAAAGAUCUCUAAUGGAGCGUGUUCGCCAGGAGCUAAAGCACGAGCUAAAACAGGGUUACAAGGAUAAAAUUGUUGACAUAAGAGAAGAAAUUCUGCGAAAGAGAAGAGCCGGGAAGCUUCCUGGGGAUACCACCUCUCUCUUAAAAGCUUGGUGGCAAUCUCAUUCUAAAUGGCCCUAUCCAACGGAAGAAGACAAGGCGAGGCUGGUGCAGGAAACAGGCUUGCAAUUAAAGCAGAUAAAUAACUGGUUCAUAAAUCAGAGGAAAAGGAAUUGGCAUACUAAUCCUUCGUCGUCUACUGGCGCCAAAAGCAAGCGCAAGAAUACUAAUAAUAAAAGCGGUGGUGCAGGUGAAACAAAUAACCAGAGCUUCAUGUGAUUGGACACUGCUUUUUCAUCAACAGUGAAAAGAAAUUAAAGGAGUCAAUAUCAUGCUCAAUUCUAUCUCUAACCACUUUGUUGACUUUCCGAUUUCUAAAACUAAAAUAAUAAUGAUAAUUCCAUUCUUAAUAACAAAAAUUGUGAGACAGAUUAAUCCCUAAGGCUAAUAUCUCUUGUUCUUAUCAUGGUUGAGAAUUGAAUUAUUGUUAUUUUAUUUUUAUUAGAAAUCGGAUUGUCUAUUGAAAAAUAGUUAGAAGAGACCAAGUUGACUGUUUAUUAGAAAAGAAGGGUACAAUAAGGAAAAGUUAUUCUGAUACACUCUUAGAAAUAGUAACACUUACUUCAAGGGGAAAAAAUGUAUUAUUGUUGUAUAUGAGGCUGCUGGUUGAUACGUGACAUAGAUGCAGGUUAAAUAUUUUCGAUUUAAUGGUAUUUAUGAAGGCAUGCUGAUACAUAUAUGUUUAUCAUGCA